AUUUUGUAAAUAUACAUGACUUUUAGUCAUGUUUGUCAUGUUUGUGCCCAGUGAUAUCCACCAAAUGGAGGUCGAGAGGCUUAUAUAAAGCCCACAUCCUCAGAACCUGUAGCUAGUAACAGGAGACACUCGAGUUUCCAGCCUGAAUUUCUUCGAAGAAAAAGGGACUUGAGAUGAUUCAUGUUUCAAGAACGCCGGAGUUCUCCAAUUGUGGAAACAUGAAUUCAGUCUCAAUGCACACAUCCUCUGACCAAGACCAGAGCUCUAUGGCAGGAGACAGAGGCAGGCAGAGGUCUCAGUCCUAUUAUAACACAGAGGAUAAAAAGAAUUGUGGUCUGCAGACACAAACAGAGGAAACCCAUCUGAGACCUCGCUCCAGGUCUUUUUACAGUUACGAGACGUCAGACCUUUGCUCGGAAUAUGUCAUGGGAAACUUUAACAGGUCCAGUCCACUGAGACAGAGGGCAAGCUCCCUACUGCAGUAUCAUGUGAACAAAAAGGAGAAAAGAGAAGGGGAUGGGGGUGGUGUUCGAAUCUCCCACAAGAAGUCCAAGUCUAAGCCAAGCAAGCACUCACCUUCAAGAGAACUUCAUGGCAGUAAAGGCAGCCUCAAGUCAGUGUCCAUGAUGACCAUCUCUGAGUCAGACAACUGGGAGAUUUGCGCCAACUCUGGGAUGAAGUAUGGACAGUUUGUGGACUGGGAGAAAAUUGAUCCUGAAGCUGCAGGGAGAUACCAGCAUAUCCUGAAGAGUACGCACCAGGAGCUGAAAACUAUGGGCCGACAGGGAUUCUGGGCCAUGCCCCAUACGCUGAGGGCAAAAGCAUACUACCACAUCAUCCACGGCAUUAAUUCCAGCGGGUCUGUCAUACCGGACAGAGACGUCUACUGCAAACUGGCGAAGAAGCACUUCGGAGAACAAAAACUCAGCACCCACCCAGUCCCGGAGUACAUGGAGGCUGGAGAAAUACCCAGAUACUGCCUCAACAAAACUGGCCUGAACUCUGUUAAAAAGAUCCUUCUUUGCCUCGGCAAACACUUCCCAGACAUGAACUUCUGCCCCAUCCUUCCCGCCUUGGUCGCCCUCAUUUUGCACUUCAGCCAGGAUGAAGCUGAAUGUUUCUACAGUGUAUCCCAACUGAUUUCCUACAACGACCCCAACAAGCGUUACAUCGACCAGACCUUCCUGACCUACCGCGCUUCGUGUAUGACCUUCGGAGAUCUCGCCAACAAGUGUUGCCGAGGCAUCCGUAAGCUGAUUGCCAGCUCUCACCAGAACCUUUUUGAGUUUUACUCUGACUGGAUCAUGUGGAUCUUUGCUGAGCUUCCAUUCACAUAUGCCAUUAGAGUGCUGGAUGUUUACCUGUUGGAGGGCUUCAAGGUUCUCUACAGGGUGGCAUUGGCUUUGCUCAGCCUCUACAAAGUAUCUGUGUCGUCUCGAGUUGCAGACGUGGAGGACUUCAGAACGGAUAUGAAAAGGUUCGUGCAGAAUGUCGCUCGCCACUGCACAGCCGAGAAUCUUCUGGAAAGGGCCUUCAUGAUUCCGAUGGCCACAAGGAGAGAGCUCAACCUCCUCUUCAAUGCCAAUAAAGACUCCCUCAUGCAAAAAGGCGUCAGCGUCCACCAGAAGAGGCAGUCAGUCGAUUCAGUGGACUUCAACAACUUCAGCUCCAGUGUUGUGACAGGGACGGAGAUGAGAGUCGUCUGGGCCUGGAUACCUGAGCGCUUCGCCCUUUUCAGUCCCAUCAGGCUGUUUAGUAUAGCUGAACAUGGAAGGAGUCUUGCUUCAUUCUAUUCCCAGAUGGAGGGACACGAACCAGCAGUCUUGAUUAUCAAAACUGCAGAUGAAGAGGUCUUCGGUGCCUUCCUGUCAACAGAUGUGAUUGAAAGAAGAAAGCAUGACUGUGAGGAACUUACAUAUUUUGGAACUGGGGAAUGCUUUGUUUUCACGCUUCGUCCCAGCAUGGAGCGCUACCAGCAGGCUAUGGUCAACAUCAUGACGAGGAGAGCUUCCCCUCAGCAGGGUCGAGUCAGCGGCGGUGCCCCCUCCCAGGUGUCUAAUAAUGGGAGCUCCCUCAUCACCUCCACCGCGGUCAACGUCACCACGACCCUGACAUGUCCUGCUGGGACCCCCCAGGACCCCAGCUACCUGACAAUCCCCUUCACUGCCCCGUCAGAGAAACCCAUGAAUGCCAAAGACCCAAAGAGAGCCAAGGAACAAGAAGCAUCCAUGUUCAUAGCAGGAAGUUUCAAUCAGCUCGUUAUCGGUGGCGACGGGGGGCAUGCUCUCUGCCUACAGGAAGACCUAGAGGGAGGAUACACAGAGUCUUGUGACACAUUCAAGAGCAACCCACUCUGCAAGAGACAUUUCAAGAUCCAGUCCCUGGAAGUGUGGGGCAUCCAGAACUCUAUUUCCUUUUCUCACUGCUUUAAGUAAAAUAACGGAAGAGUAAAACAGAGAGCAGCUUUAUAACUUUGUGUCCUUAUGUUGAUGAUCUUUCCUUGGACUUGAUUUGUAUGUAACUUUCAAAUUUUUAUUGUGUAAGUUCAUAUGUAUACACACAUUAUGGAGAAAGAUUUUACUUGACUUGUCUACAUAACAAGUUUAUUUGUAUGGCCUCAUAUCACAUAUCUUACUAAACUUUACAAGCUCACAUAAACAAUGCCCCUACCUACCCUGUCAGGCAACUCUACUGAUUAUACUGUAACUGUAAUUGUGCUGUGUGGACAGAUAAUCUGUUGUAAUAGACAGUACUUUUUUAGGAUGUGUAUGUCUACUUCUACAUGUUUUUUACCGGGGUCUUUUGGGCCAUCUGCAAAAAUAAUUAAGACCUCAUCUUCUUGCACUAAACACACGAUAAAUCUCAGUGAG